AUGGCCGACCAGGACGCUGAUUUCGUGCCCUCGCUGUACAAACCGGCUGCUUUGCUCCCCAUUGCGCGCCACCGCGAAGCUCUUCUUUAUCUCGUUGAGACAUUUCCGGUCACCAUCGUCGUCGGGCACACCGGUAGCGGAAAGACGACCCAGAUACCGCAGUUCUUGGACCAAGCAGGAUGGUGUGCCGAAGGAAAACUCAUGGCUGUCACGCAGCCUCGGAGGGUCGCUGCCACCUCCGUUGCCGCACGAGUCGCUGAGGAGAUGGGCUGUAAUCUUGGCCAGGACGUGGGUUACUCGAUAAGAUUCGAGGAUGUCACCUCGGCCGCCACGCGCAUCAAGUUUCUCACCGACGGUAUGCUUCUCAGAGAGGCGCUUGUUGAUCCUCUGCUGUCCCGCUACUCGGUGAUCAUGGUUGACGAGGCUCACGAGCGCUCCCUGAGUUCCGACCUGCUUCUUGGACUCUUGAAAAAGAUUCGGAAGAAACGUCCAGAGCUACGCAUCAUUGUCAGCAGUGCAACACUCCAAGCAGAAGAUUUCUUGAAAUUCUUUGCUGGCGAAUCCCCCGACGAUGGCGAAAACCCCGGUGUGCUUGGAGGUAGCAUUGGGCGGAUCAUCAGCCUAGAAGGGCGCAUGUAUCCAGUGGACAUCCAUUAUCUGGAGCAGCCUGCCGAGGACUAUGUCGAACGGACGGUCAAAACUGUAUUCGACAUUCAUACCCAGGAGCCCGAGGGCGAUAUCUUGAUCUUCUUGACUGGACGAGAAGAGAUAGACACUGCGCUCGAAAUGAUAGCCGACCGUGCUAUGAAUCUCAACCCAAAGGCCCCUUCGAUCCAAGCACUACCCCUCUACGCAGGGCUACCGACCGACCAACAAAUGUACGUCUUCGAGCCGACUCCCGAGAAUACCCGCAAGGUCAUCGUGGCAACAAACAUCGCCGAAGCCUCGGUAACGAUCGAAGGAAUCGUUUACGUUAUUGAUUGCGGCUACGUGAAGCUACGGGCGUAUAAUCCCAACACUGGCAUUGAGACUCUUACGGCAACCCCCGUCUCGAAAGCGUCUGCGACCCAGCGCGCAGGUCGCGCGGGCCGCACAAAACCAGGAAAGUGCUACCGCUUGUACACGGAACAAGCGUUUGCAAGUCUUCCAGAGGCUACCGUGCCGGAAAUACAACGCUCGAACUUGGCCCCCAUCAUCCUGCAGCUGAAGGCCCUUGGAAUCGACAACAUUGCGCGAUUUGACUAUCUGACCCCUCCUCCCGCCGAACUCAUCAUUAGAGCGUUGGAGCUUCUGUAUUCCUUGGGCGCUUUGGACGAUUACGCUAAGUUGACUAAACCGCUCGGCACGCGGAUGGCGGAACUAGCAGUUGAGCCAAUGAUGGCUAAAGCCCUUCUCUCAGCUCAGGGAUUUGGCUGUCUGAGCGAGAUGCUAUCAAUAGCCGCGAUGACGAGUUUGCAGGGAAACGUUUGGUUUUCCCAUGAGGGACAGAAAAAGGCCCAAGAUAGCGCACGGAGGAAGUUUGCCGUCGAAGAAGGUGACCAUCUGACCCUUCUCAAUGUAUACCACGCUUUUGUUACAAAGGGGAAAAAGGAUGCAAAGUGGUGCCGCGAUAAUUAUUUGAACUUUAAGUCAAUGGCGCGGGCACUUAGCAUCCGCAAUCAGCUUCGAAGGUACCUUGAGCGGCUUGGGAUCAAUGUCGAGGAAAGCUUGGCGUCAUCUGCAGUCCUUCGCGUCGGAGGGCCUGACAAGGCAGAACAAAUUCGAAGGUGCUUAACCACUGGAUUCUUCGCCCACGCGGCCAGGAUGCAGCCGGAUGGGACCUUCAGGACGAUUGAUGGAGGCAUGACCCUGCAUGCCCAUCCCACUUCUCUCAUGUUUAAUCGCAAAGCCGAUUGGGUUAUAUUCCACGAAAUCAUGGAGACCGCGAACAAGACGUUCAUUAGGGACGUCACGAAAAUUGAGAAGGGUUGGUUGUUGGAAUACGCUCCGCAGUAUUACAGCACCAAGUAA